AGAAGGUUUCGUACGCGGAGGAUUCCAGCCCACUCUGGCAGCAAAGGCUCCCACGGGCGAAGUGAAUACCAUGGGCUCUUGCUCCGGCCGCUGCACGCUUCUUGCGCUCUGCGCUCUGCAGCUGGUCACAGCUCUGGAACGGCAAGUCUUUGACUUCCUGGGUUACCAGUGGGCACCCAUCCUGGCCAACUUCACCCACAUCAUCGUGGUCAUCUUGGGGCUCUUCGGCACCAUUCAAUACCGGCCACGCUACAUCGUGGUGUAUGUCGUAUGGGCAGCUGUCUGGGUUACCUGGAAUGUCUUCAUUAUCUGCUUCUACCUGGAAGUGGGGGGCCUCUCAAAGGACAGUGCACUCUUGACCUUCAAUCUCUCUGGGCAUCGUUCCUGGUGGGAAGAGCAUGGGCCAGGCUGUCUUCACGAUGAGANAGCCACAGCUGGCCUGGGUGCACUGCAUGGACAGUCCUUGGUGGUGGGUGCUGGCUGUGCCAUGGUGCACAGCUAUGUGGAAGCCCUGCACAGUGGCCUGCAGAUCCUGCUAGCGCUCCUGGGUUUUGUCUAUGGUUGCUACGUGGUCAGCAUGCUCACAGAAGAAGAGGACAGCUUUGAUUUCAUUGGUGGAUUUGACCCAUUCCCUCUGUACCAUGUCAAUGAAAAGCCGUCCAGCCUCUUGUCCAAGCAGGCAUAUUUGCCUGCAUAAGUGAGGGAAUGGCUGACCCUGCUCCUGCAACCCAGCCUCAGCCACGGAAACAAUGAGGAGACCCCAGUCCUGGAGUCGCAGCUCUGCUUCCCUGCCUGCCUAGCAUUUUUUUCCACGUUCACCUUGGAUACCAAUGAGGGGCGGGGAACACUGCAGGACAGGGUGGCUACAACUGUGAGUUUGUAAUAUCUUUUCUUUCUUUNUUUUUUUUUUUCUAAAAAUAAAUACUAUGAAAAGGCAAGAGAGACUAUGGAAACAAACAA